AUGGAAGCACAGAACGCUAAUUCCCUGGUCAAGACCAUUGACUUUGGGGAUUUCCUGGAAGGGAAUGACUCCAAGCGUGUCGCCAGCGAAAUCCUUGAAUCGUUCAAGUCAAUCGGGUUUGUUUGCCUCACGAACCAUGGACUGCAGCAGGAGAAGGUGGACAAGAUGUUUGAAUGGUCCAAACGUUUCUUUUCGCUUCCCAUGGAGACGAAGCAGCUGGCGCCUCACCCGCCCUCUGGGACACACCAUCGAGGAUAUUCUGCGCCCGGGGUAGAACGUAUCAGUCAACACGUAUACGACGAAGCUGAGCUGGAAGCGCUGCGAUUGAAAGGCCAAGAUGUGAAGGAGAGCUUCGAGGCUGGUCGUGAAGACGAUCCUCUUAUGCCCAAUAUCUGGCUUCCAGAUGGUGUCCUACCUGGAUUCAAAGAGGCGUGCCUCGAGUUCUACUGGGCUUGCUACGAGCUCGAGAAGAGCAUUCUGCGUGCCAUGGCGGUGGCUUUUUCGCUCCCGGAGGACUACUUCAUUCAAUUCCACAAGGUGGCAGAUAACCAAGUUCGACUCCUGCACUAUCCUUCGAUUCCGAAUGCCCACCUAGCAAGCGAAGCGUUCUCGAGAAUUGGAGCGCACUCGGAUUUCGGCACCAUUACACUCUUAUUUCAAGACGAAGUGGGUGGACUAGAAGUCGAGGACCCUCAUAACCCAAACACGUUCUUGCCCAUUCCGGUCAUACCUAACUCGGUCGUCGUCAAUGCUGGAGACUUCAUGGCGCGAUGGUCCAACGACGUUAUUAAGAGCACUAUCCACCGUGUUCGAUCUCCCCCUGGAUCAGACAUCAAUGGCGAAGCACCCGAGCGCUAUUCGAUCCCUUAUUUCUGCUGCUGCGAUCUCGCCACUGUCGUCGACGCUGUCCCUGGAACCUGGGAUGAAACCAACCCCAAGAAAUACAAACCCAUCUCGGCGAAGGAAUAUAUCUUGAAAAGACUUGCAGCUCUGUAUUGA